AGCCCGUACUUCCAAGCGGGCUUCGGUCUUAUGGGUGUAGGCGUGGGCUUAACACUACUUCGUCAAGCAAUCGUUGUGUCUACUGUUGCGCUUCGCCGGCGGAUGCUUGUCUCCCUCGAAAUUAACAACAAAGACCCGUCCUAUAACUGGUUCCUCGCGUGGAUGUCCAAGCAGACGCAAGACGCAACAACGUCUGGAAGAGGAAUAAUGCGAGCAUGGACACGCAGCCAUCAGCUCAGCGUACAGACGCUACACGAGCAACUAAAAAAUGGAAGCUCGGCCGUCUCGUUCAAACUUGUUGCCGGAACGGGGACACAUUUGUUGAGGUAUAAGCAAGCAUGGGUCCAGGUGAAACGGGAACGAGAAACACGCUCGCAGCAUCUCAUGUCCGGUGUACCAUGGGAGACCGUGACCUUGACCACGCUAUCCCGGGAUCGUGGUAUCUUCCCGCAACUUCUGUCUGAGGCGCGGGACAUGGCCAUGCAGGGAAACGAAGGCAAACUGGUUAUCCAGACCCCUUGGGGUAUUGAAUGGCGCCCGUUCGGUCAGCCACGACGCAAACGGCCAUUGAAGAGUGUCGUGCUGCACGAAGGCACCGCGGAGAAAAUUGAAGAAGACGUAAAAGCUUUCCUUCGCCGACGUCAAUGGUACGCUGAUAGAGGCAUUCCGUACCGGCGAGGGUACCUCCUUCACGGCCCACCUGGUUCUGGGAAGUCUUCGUUCAUACAGGCUUUGGCGGGGUCUUUGUCUUAUGACAUUGCGCUGCUAAACCUGUCCGAGCGGGGCUUGGCAGACGACAAGUUCAUGCAUCUACUAUCUAAUGCACCCGAACGCAGCUUCGUGCUCAUAGAAGAUAUCGACGCCGCGUUUAACCAGCGAGUACAGACCAGUGAAGACGGGUAUCAGUCAUCGGUAACUUUCUCGGGCUUCCUGAAUGCCUUGGAUGGCGUUGCCUCAGGCGAAGAACGCAUUAUCUUUAUGACCACGAACCACCCCGAGCGGCUUGAUCCCGCUCUCAUCCGACCAGGUCGCGUCGAUCUCUCUGUGCUGAUAGACGACGCAAGCCCCAGGCAAGCCAGACGACUAUUCACUCGAUUUUAUGGGUAUGAAGACGGCAGCGAGGGCUGGGAAAGCGUCAGCAAAGACGAGCUAGAGCGGAUGGGGGACUCGGUCGAGGAGCAGGUGGCGCAAGAGAUGGAGGAUGGACGGAGAGUCAGCAUGGCUGCUCUGCAAGGUCUCUUCAUUCGCAGUACCGCGCGCGAGGCGCUUGGCAACUUGGCCAUACUGUUCAAGUAGACAAUGUGGUACCUGCACGACGGUGAUCUAGAAAACCCAGCAGAGCGUGGAAUGGCAGCCCCUAGAAAAGACCUUUUAAAACACUGGCUUCCGCUUGCGACCGGUGAAUUUCGAGUCUCGAGGCACGCCUUCUUUCCCUCGCUGACGAUAGAGCUGCAGAAAGAUAUGUGAAGAGGGCC